CUUUAAUCUCAUUGAACUUUCCGGACCAUAAGCCUUCAAAAAGGAUCUGAAUCGUGAAAGUUGAAACACCGGAAGCGACAAUCACCACCACCGCAUAAUUGGAAACAGUAUUCGGAAUGGAGAAGGGCAAGGGUUUGAUGGUGGACGGCCGGCGAUGGGCCGUCGACUUCACCGACAAUUCUUCAUCGUUCUCCACUCGCGAUAUUACUGAUCCUCCCGGUUUCACUCGUGCUUCCCAAGAUCAGGACGAUUCAACUCUGAGCCGCCAGAAGAAAGAUGCUGAAUCCAAUUGGAAGGCACAGAAAGCUUGGGAAGUGGCGCAGGCUCCUUUGAAGAAUUUGUUCAUGAUGGGCUUCAUGAUGUGGAUGGCUGGAAGCACUGUACAUUUAUUUAGCAUUGGUAUCACAUUUUCAGCUCUUUGGCAACCCAUAAGCGCCCUACAAGGCGUUGGAAAGGUUUUUGAGCCUUACAAGGACGGUAAAGUUGAUCUUCUUGGACCUAAGUUACUGUUUAUUGCUCUUAAUCUUGGAGGUUUAGCACUGGGUGUUUGGAAGCUUAACACUUUGGGGCUUCUGCCGACACAUGUAUCAGACUGGGUUUCAUCCUUGCCACCUGCUCAGGAGGUCGAAUUUUCCGGUGGUGGCAUCCCCCUUCGUUAAGACUCCCCCCUGUUUCUUCAGCUACCGACUGUGAAACCGACAGAGGAAAUCACGGUGCGACUUCUUGAUGAUCGAAUUGCGUGGGCGGACUGCUUAUGUUGUGCUUGAACAUGGUAUCUAUUUAUAUUACGCCUGCAUGGAUGGUGCUUGAUCAAGAACAAUGUUAGAGAUGUGCUGAAGGCACGGUUUUAUUUUUAUUAUCAUUAUUUUUUAAAAUGGUACUGAGUUUUUCUUUAUUACUAGUUUCAGCCAGUAGAAUGUGACUGACUGGUAAAACCAGAACAAAAUGCUCUACAUGGAGUAUGAUUAACAUUUUGAUUUAAUGCAUUACAAAUCUAGCGUAAUUCUGGUUGAAUA